ACGGGCUCUGCUGUACAAUAAUAUUUUGAUCAAAUUCUAAAUUGUAUUAAAAAAUGGCCAGCAAACAAUUGAUGAACUUGGCUAAGGUCGGACGCAGUGGCAAGAACUUGCUGGCCGCCGCAGCUUCAAGCACCGCGCGCAACAGCAGCACCCGCAGCGACGUCGACAAAGUUACACAUACAGGCCAGGUAUUUGAAAAGGAUGACUACCGUAAUGUGCGCUUCACCAACGCCAAGCGUUAUGUGAACGAAAACUGGGGCAUCAAUCUGAUAGAUGAGGUGCCACCAAUUGAGAGCACCGAACGCGUUGUUUACUGCGAUGGUGGCAACGGCCCGCUUGGACAUCCCAAAGUUUACAUCAACUUGGACAAACCCGGCAAACACAUUUGCGGCUACUGCGGCCUGAGAUUCAUAAAAAAGGACACACAUCAUUAAAUCUACCGAUAAAAUGAAACUAACCAACUAAAGAGCCUGUUACUAUUUUAUUAGUUGAACAUGAAUAAAACUAUUAUCACCACAAUAUA